CGUCAAGCGCAUCAGCCGUGGGAGGAGGAGGAGGAGGUGCAGGGAGCCUCCCGGCGAAGUCGUCGCGGCGGGCCUGACCACCUCCUCCUCCUCCUCCGCCUCCGCGCCGCCGCAGCCGCCGCCGCCGCUGGACCCCCGGCGUCUCCGGGGUCUCCCGCGGCAACCGCGAUGCACAACAACCACGACAACCACGACAACCACAACAACCACGACAACCACAACAACCACGGCAACCACAACAACCACGGCAACCACGAGCACCAGCAGCAGCGGCGGCAGCAGCAUCCGAGGCAUCACCAUGGCAACCAUCGCAGGGAGUUGUCGCCGUACGGCGAGGUGCCCAACGGGGCCGCUUUCAAGCCGCUGCACGCCACGGGGAACGGCAUUGGCGCGAGGGCCCCGUCCGAGAGGGAGUUUGACGAGCGCGACGGCGACCUCGGGGACUCCCUCUCCCGGUUCAUCGCGGACGGCGCCGUCGAGCAGGCGGGGAAGCUGGGCGAGGCUGUGACGGCGUUCAGCAGAAGGUUCACGUCUCUGUGGUGACGACUCCGCGCCAAGGCGAGUUGCUCCACGUGGAGGCGC